AUGUUAGCGCUGCCCACACGACGUCAGCACCUGCCAACCAUACCGUCACCACCCUGCUCUCAACACCUCUAUCAACAACACUCACCCCAGACAUUCGCCGCUCAACCUACCUUCGACCAGAAGAUACUCAUCGACUACCUUGAGUCGCAGCAGUAUCCUUUUGCCACCUCGACCUCACCCCCUAACUCGUACAUGAGCGGCGCAUACAGCACCGACUUUGCGAACCCGGCUAUCCGCAUUCAGCAGUCGACCCCUACACCACAGCUCCCCCAGGGCUUCACACAGCCGUCCAUGCUCUCAGCCAGCAACGCCGGCUCCGGGCUCGAGUCCUGGAACAGCUAUGGUAACGUGCAGUCACAGCCACUCCAGACUCUCCCCCAGCGACAGAACCGUGGCCACCAACGCGCCUCAUCCUCUUCUUCAAUAGGCUCAAGUGCCUCACAGUAUCAGCCAGUCGGCCACGCCGCAGGCUACCAGUACGUUGCCCAUUCCGAGAAUUGGCCCUUGCGCCCAGACGACGCUAAUAGGCAUUCAAGAUCUCUCCAGAACCAUCUCCCAACACCCACACAGACCCCUACCCAGGAAUCAUUCAUGAACGCCAACCACUUCAACAACUACAGCCACAACUCUGUCAACAUGGACCACACCAUGUCUGCACACAUGUCGAUGAAGCAGGCGCUCAUGGAGCACACCGGUGAAGACGUCCCAGAGUUUGCUCACUCAGCAGGGCAGUCGGUCUCUAGUUACGGCCACGACUCUCCAGCAACACCACACACGGCGCAAGACGACAUGGACAUGAAGAUGCCAGUAAAUGGUAAGAUACUCAGCAGCCGCACAGACGCCUGGCUCUUCGACGAGUUCUGUACUUACAACGAGCCAGAAAUGCGCCCUGUACCCAAGUUCGAGAGAACCUAUACCGACAUUGCUGCCGACACUGGCUUCUACGAGCCCAGCACUUCGUCCACAUCAGUGCCGCAGUCGAAGCCAGCACAGCCAUCACUGCUGUCGCCAUAUCGCAGCAACACCAACGAGAACGUGCAGCGUGCGUUGCAGGCAGCACAGUUUGCACGCUCGCAAUCGCCAAGCAGCACCGCCUCGAGAAGUGACUCACCCUUCCGCAGAGGCUCACCCUACCGGCAGCCUAGCAACAGCUUCACGUCACCCAUGAGCACUGCCAUGGCGAUGCGUGAGCAGAACCGCCAGGCUGAUGCGGCUUACGCAAUGAAGUCGCACAUGUCAGCUACUGAGGACGCUGAGCCCAAGACCAUCUCGCCCAAGGAUGCUCUCCUGGACUACAGGGACACGGAUGAAGACUCAAAGGCGCCAUUAUUUCCGGAUAAUGGUGCUAACGAGUACGGCAACCAAUACACGGGUGGCGAACAAUACAAGAACGCCACGCAAUCCAAUUUCGACACCCCUUCAUCACACUCCUAUCGGCGCGAUAGCUGGAACACUCCUCAGUUCUCACCAAACUUCUCAACGUCGACGUCGUCGUCACUGCAGCCAUCAUCCAACUUCAACUUUGCCACACCAUCUCUGCAGAGCAACAUGCAAGGUCUUUCCAUGAACGCACCCGCGCAAUACCGACAAAGCGCCAACAACAUGUCAUCAGUCGUUGACCAAACGCCCGAGUUUCCCGCACACAUGACAUCUAUGGAGUCUAGUGCGAGUGAAGCAGAGCCGCCCAACGGUAGCCAGAAUAGCGUGCUAUCGGACCGAUACAUGAGCAAGCCAGCAUCAACGGGCGCCGAGUCUGGCACAUACUCAUGCACAUAUCAUGGGUGCUCGCAGCGAUUUGAAACACCGCAGAAGCUCCAGAAGCACAAGCGUGAGGGACACCGGAGCGCCAAUCUCAGCACGGCUAUGACGUCGGCGGCUAUCCUAGAACGCAACUCGCAAGCGGGACCCCACAAGUGUGAGCGCAUCAACCCAACCACUGGCAAGCCUUGCAACACUGUCUUCUCCCGGCCAUAUGACUUGACCCGUCACGAGGACACUAUCCACAAUGCGCGCAAGCAAAAGGUGCGAUGUGCACUGUGCGUCGAGGAGAAGACGUUCUCGCGCAACGACGCAUUGACAAGGCAUAUGCGUGUAGUGCACCCCGAGGUUGAUUUUCCUGGCAAGCAUCGCAGGCGCGGUGGUAACCACGACUGA